UGCUAAGUCCCGCUGCAGCAGACAGGCAGGAGUAGACACCCGGACACCCACCACCCCUCCUCGGAGGACGGUGCAGAGGGGGUUCGGAGAGCCCCUAGACCGCGGCCGGCAGCCCCGCCAGCAUGGCAGAAGCUGAGGAAGAUUGUCAUUCUGAUACUGUCAGAGCAGGAGAGGAUGGUGAAAAUGAAAGCUCUGCUGAAACAGAUCUGCAGGCACAACUCCAGAUGUUUCGAGCUCAGUGGAUGUUUGAACUUGCUCCUGGUGUAGGCUCUAGCAAUUUAGAAACUCGAUCUUGCAGAGCAGCAAGAGGCUCUUUACUGAAAGCAGCAGAUACCAAAGGAAAACAAGAACUGGCAAAAGAAGAAAAGGCUCGAAAACUCUUUCUAAAAGCAGUAGAAGAAGAACAAAAUGGAGCUCUCUAUGAAGCCAUCAAGUUUUAUCGUAGGGCUAUGCAACUUGUACCUGAUAUAGAAUUCAAGAUUACUUAUACCCGGUCUCCAGAUGGUGAUGGCGUUGGAAACAGCUACACUGAAGAUGAUGAUGAUGAAGAUGAUGAUAGCAAGAUGGUAGAUCUCUUGUCCUACUUCCAGCAGCAACUCACAUUUCAGGAAUCUGUUCUCAAACUGUGUCAGCCAGAGCUCGAGAGCAGUCAGACUCACAUAUCAGUGCUGCCAAUGGAAGUCCUGAUGUACAUCUUCCGAUGGGUGGUGUCUAGUGAACUAGACCUCAGGUCAUUAGAGCAGUUGUCCCUGGUGUGCAGAGGAUUCUAUAUCUGUGCCAGAGACCCUGAAAUAUGGCGUCUGGCCUGCUUGAAAGUUUGGGGCAGAAGCUGUAUUAAACUUGUUCCGUAUGCAUCCUGGAGAGAGAUGUUUUUAGAACGGCCUCGUGUUAGGUUUGAUGGAGUGUAUAUCAGUAAAACUACAUAUAUCCGUCAAGGGGAACAGUCUCUUGAUGGUUUCUAUAGAGCCUGGCACCAAGUGGAAUAUUACAGGUACAUAAGAUUCUUCCCUGAUGGCCAUGUGAUGAUGUUGACAACCCCUGAGGAGCCUCAGUCCAUUGUUUCCCGUUUAAGAACUAGGAAUACCAGAACUGACGCAAUUCUACUGGGUCAUUAUCGCUUGUCACAAGAUACAGACAAUCAGACCAAAGUAUUUGCUGUCAUAACUAAGAAAAAAGAAGAAAAACCACUUGACUACAAAUACAGAUAUUUUCGUCGUGUCCCCGUACAAGAAGCAGAUCAGAGUUUUCAUGUGGGACUACAACUAUGUUCCAGUGGCCACCAGAGGUUUAACAAACUCAUCUGGAUACAUCAUUCUUGUCACAUUACUUACAAGUCAACUGGCGAGACUGCCGUGAGUGCUUUUGAGAUUGACAGGAUGUACACACCCCUGUUUUUCUCCAGGGUGAGGAGCUACACUGCCUUCUCAGAAAGGCCUCUGUAGAGCCUCGAGUCCAGUCCUCUGUCUCUGGUGCAUGGGUAAAGUAUGCAGUGCAGAGAGCACCUAAGUUAUAAAUGUACAUACGUAUAUAAGGAAGCAGAACUUAUUAAAUUGUUGGAGUUCUUUUUAAGAAGGGUAUAAAUUGAUUUUUUUUUUAAUUUAAAGAAAUAGUUGAUUCUCGGGGUGUUUUGUUUUGAAGUUAGACAAUUUGAAAUAAGUUGUUUAAACACAUUUAUGUUGUGAAAAACUUUAACGUGAGGUUCAAAUCAUGUCCUUUUUCAAGCAGAUUUAUGAGCAAAUUUCUGUCAUAUAAACCGUCUUCUGCCUGAGCAUCCUAAUAUUUAAAUGCAUCAGGGGAGCGCUCCACUGAAUAAGCAUUUUAUUUCCCGCAUGAUAUAUAGUAUCUUUGCACUAAAGGCUCAAAAUGUGAAAACCUUCUCUGGAUUUGUUUGAAACUGUUUGACCAAUAAAGAUCACAAAUAAAUGUUUCUUUCAAGAAAAUA